CUUUCUGUCUCCGUCCAUUUUUGUCUCUGUUCGUAUCUGUCUCUAUCUGUGACUCUAUCCGUCUUCGUCUUUCUCUCUGUCCAUCUUUCUCUCUGUCCAUCUCGGUCUUUGUCUCUGUCCAUCUCAGUGUCUGUCCAUCUUUGUCUCUGCCCAUCUUGGUCUCUGUCCAUGGUGGUCUUUGUCUCUGUCCAUCUCUCUCUGUCCAUCUCGGUCUCUGACCAUCUUUAUCUCUGUCCAUGUUGGUCUUUGUCUCUGUCCGUCUCUCUCUGCCCAUCUCUGUCUCCAUAUAUCUUUGCCUCUGUCUCUGUCCAUCUUUGUCUCUGUUUCUGUCCAUGUUGCUCUUUGUCUCGGUCCAUCUCUGUCUCCAUCUAUCUUUGCCUCUGCCUCUGUCCAUCCUUGCCUCUGUCCAUCUUUGUCUCCGGCUAUCUUUGUCCAUCUCCAUCUGUCUCUGUCCAACUCUCUCUGUUCAUCUUUGUGUCUGUCUGUCUCCGUACCCUUUUCGGGUAUCUACGGAUCGUUUCUUUAAAGGAAUACCGGUCCACGCAUCGUAAGCGAGAAUCCUUCUUGGUGCAGCUCCAAUCCCUUUAGCGCAGGAGUGAUUAAGCACUUAAAUCAGCAGGCUCAUGGGUGGAGCUCGAGAUGAACAAGAACUCCCCCGAGACGUCGCAGUCCGCCUCCCUGGGCACGUCCGGUUUGGCCCAGGUUGUUGAAGAGGAUGACGGGAUAGUCGGGGGGCUGGAACACGUACCUUCUUCAUCCUCCAUCCAUAACGGAGACAUGGAGAAGAUCCUGCUGGACGCACAGCACGAGUCCAGCCGCAGCAACUCCUCCUGCGACAGUCCACAACGUCCCCGCAGUCCUCAGGAUGAAGGUCAGAUCAGCUUCGACGUGGACAGAGGAGAAACCCAGGAGGAACUGGAGAAGCUGAGGGAUGAUGAAAUUCUGAUGAAGGACUCGGACUGGGUGGCCGACUGGUCCAGCAGACCUGAGAAUGUUCCUCCCAAGGAGUUCCAUUUCCGACACCCUCGGAGAGCCGUCACGCUCAGCAUGCGUAAAACUGGAGCCAUGAAGAAAGGAGGGAUCUUCUCUGCCGAGUUCCUCCGAGUGUUCCUCCCCUCGCUGCUGCUCUCACACUUACUGGUCCUGGGGCUCGGGGUGUACAUCGGGAAGAGGUUGACGACACCCCCUGCCAGCUCAUUUUAAGCGUCGACGUGAAGACGCCUCCUCAGCCGUGGCUCGUGUGGAUUUGAGAGAGUGUCGCAUUUUGUACAAGAAACGUAGCCCCACCCCCCCCGCUCGCCCAAAACUCACUUACUUUUAGUCACCGUUCUCCUCCAUCUCUCCUUUUAUAUCGGUACAAUCGAUUUCUGCAUCGCUCGGCCUGGAAAGUGCCAUAAGAGACCAGGAGGAAGUUAAACGCUCUAUAUCCUCCUCCCCUCCCCCUCCUUUCCCUCUAUUCUGUAUUGUCAGGAGUUGUGAUUACAGUUGUGUCGUGUGUUCAGUGUUGUGGACGUGGAUACAGAGGGGGCAGAGUUUAAACCGGACCCCGAACCGGAAAUAUUCCACUCACGAAACCCGUAAAAAAAUAAUACUAAUAAUAAUCAUUUUUAAAUCGGGGGUCAAUUAAAGUAAAUAUAUCAGCUUGCAGGUCUCGUAGAUAUUGCUUUAUAGCUCGUUGAGGUAUUUUGGAUUUAUUUAGCCGUUUAAAAAAAAAAAAAAAAACAUUUUAAACUCUGCGUAUUCUCUGGACUCCUUUCGCAGCUAAACCGUUAUCGCUUCUGCGUUUUUAUUUUUCAUUAUAAUACACACACACACGUGCUAAUCCAGCAUUUCUGGUAAUUAACGAUGUCCUUAAUUAUCCUGAUCAAACCAGCACAAAAUCUCACGAACCAGCAACACUACUGAGACAGAAACGAAACUAGUCCCCGCACCAGUAGGGGGCGCCUACCUAAGUGCCGCUUUCAAAUGCAGUCCAAAAUGAAACAUUGAAAUGAAUGCGACUUAUUCAUAAUGAUGCAGCCUUUUAAUUUUAUUAUUCCAACCCGGAGCAUUUUUUUUUUUUUCCGGAAAAGACCGUACGUGUGUGUGAGACCCAGACGUUGGGCGUGGGCGAGACCUGUUACAUGUGAAGUGUGUAAAUGUUACUGCGUGAUGUAUUUAAAUCUGUGUGCGAGUAGAUCGGAGUGGGAUGAAGUCUGCGGUCGUGUCCGUCGUGUUUGUGUCGCUUCACUGUUUUUUUUUUUUUUUUUUUUUUUCUUUGUCGCUUUCCGUUUUCAUUUCUCUUCUCCGUUAUCAGACAUUUCUUGUGCUCCAGAACAUAGCUCCACUUACAAGUGGCUUGUCGCAAUAAAGGAGUAAAGUAGUGCUAUUUGGGAGGGGAAAAAACCCUACACAUUUUGUCGAGCCUGCAAAUUAGCUGCUAAUCCGUACGUUUCGUUAUUCGGUUCUUCAGCAGUUAAAGAUUAAAGAUACGGUGAGGGGAAAAAUCUCUUUUCCAGACCAGUCCUUACACUCGGCCUUCCGGGUUCCUGACAUCAAUCAGACAAAAGGGUCUAAAUCAAGGGUUCUUGACCUUGUUAUUUAAAAAUAAAUACAUAUACAGAGUACAGAUUAUUAUUUUUAUUUAUUUUAAUAUAUUUUUUUUUCUCUUCCCACCCAUAGAACCCAUUUUUAAUCAGAUUGUCAUUAGAUCAGAGUCGACGUUAUUUACAGAUGCAGUAACUUUCAUACUUGUGGAUUGUCAUGUCCACUACUUAUAAUAAAACAAAAAAUAAAAGUGCAGACCCCCUG